AUGGCGCAGAAAGACCAGCAGCGACUGCUGGCAAUGGCUAGGUUUUUCUUCUCGGGAGCACGUCCAUUUGGCCUCUUCGCCGACGAGGAGUUACUCGCUGUUUUCCAGUCGCUAGACCCCACCUCCUGUCCUCAAGGUUAUGAUACUAUCAGGACUACGCUCCUGGAUGACUGCUAUAUAGCGGUUAAACAGGCAGUGGAUGCCGAGAUAAAGAAAAUCGAUUACCUAAAUAUUGCAGCGGAUGAGAGCACCGGCAUUCGGGAACGGCGUACUGCCAAUCUUUCUGUGUUAGGCCAGAAGAACUCCUUAUAUCAUUGCAGUAAGGAUAUUGGUGAUGAACGUAUGACCACCGCUGCAGUGGCAGACUGGAUUCGAGAUCAGGCUUGCUCCUUAGUCCAUGGCAACUGGGAAAAGCUGAAUGCCUUUAUUACCGAUGCCAGCGCGGCAAUGAUUUCGACACAGGCACAGCUCAAGAUGCGAGACGAUCUGAAGCAUGUCUUUUUCAUCCCUUCCGAUUCGCAUGUGUUCAGGCUUCUUAUGGAAGAUCUUCUACGUGAGCCCAUAAUCUCAAAUGUCUUUAACAGGGCAGCAAGCAUCGUGAAGUAUUUCAAAGACGACCCUCUGAAACUUACUACACUCCGAACGUGGCAGCAAAACUUCUACAAGAAGGAGUACUCUCUCCUGGCGGCACUUAGUUCUCAAUGGGGUACUGAAUGUACUGAAUACCAGAUGUUGAAGUCUGUGCAGAGAUCUGAGCUGGCCCUUCGCGCGUAUUUUGCAAGACUCCCAGAGCCUGAUGGAAGCACAAGAGAGCUACAAGCUGCGGUUAACUCCUAUGACUUCUGGGGCCAAUUACUUGACCUUGUAGUUCUACUUCGGCCUGUGGAUGAAGCGAUCCGGGAGUCAGAGUCAGGCGGUGCAAGCCUUCUUCAGGUGGUCAACCUGUGGAUGUCCCUACGAGACGAACUUCAAACCCUUCUGGUAGGGAUCUCAUUCAGCAUGGAGUUGGCCGGUUUUAUUCCUGACGGUAUGACCGCUCGUAUCGACCGCCAACUGACCAACCUUCACUGGACCGCAUACUACCUCCACCCGGCAAACCAUAGCAUUGAGAUGCCGAGCACCAAAGCAGACCAGGUAACCGAGACAAUUCGGAAAUACUGCGUUGAUCCGGACAAUAUUGACGCAUCGACGGAAGCUGUUGAUGAGUUCUUUGCUUUUAGAGCUCGUAAAGCAAAGCUUGCUCUACGGCUCUUCCAUACGAGUGCAAAUACGGUAUCGGAACGGGCGUCCUCUGCAUCGAAACGGGUACAUAGGAAAAUCCGCAACACUGUGGAUGCAGACCGCAUUGAUAAGCUGGUUUAUAUCCGUAUGAAUCGCAGAGCUUUGAGUGAGGUCGAGGAAGUCGAGGACGAGGAUGAACGAGAGCUGCAGCAGCUCGGGUGGGAAGAUGAGCAAAUGGAGCAGUUUCUACACCAAAGCCGAGUCCUAGACAUCGGCGACGAAAGCCUAGACAUCGGCAGCGGAAGGAGUAUUCUGGGCAAGCGAUCACGGAGCGACAGCAUGGAUGAUCUCUUUAGCUAG